ACCUUCUGCUGAUCAUCACUGACCGAAUUAUGAAGUGGAUCAUUUUACUCUCUCUCUUUGCAGUGGCAUUCACUGCCCCUGUGAAUGACGAUGAUAAGAUUGUUGGAGGGUAUGAGUGCAGAAGGAAUGGUGUUCCCUAUCAGGUGUCUCUAAAUAUUGGAUACCACUUCUGUGGAGGCUCUCUGAUAAGCAAUCUCUGGGUCGUGUCAGCUGCUCACUGUUACAAGUCGCGUAUUGAGGUGCGUUUGGGUGAGCACAACAUCGAUGCCAACGAAGGAACAGAGCAGUUCAUUAGCUCAGCAACGGUCAUCAGACACCCCAGUUACAGCAGCAGCACUCUCAACAAUGAUAUCAUGCUCAUCAAGCUGAGCCGGGCUGCCAGCCUGAAUAGCUACGUGCAAACUGUGGCUUUGCCGUCCAGCUGUGCUUCUGCUGGUACAACAUGUCUGAUCUCUGGAUGGGGAAACACCCUCAGCAGUGGCACAAACUACCCAUCCAAUCUGAGGUGCUUGGACGCCCCAAUCCUGAGUGACACCACUUGCAGAAAUUCUUAUCCGGGUCAGAUCACUAGCAACAUGUUCUGUGCUGGCUUCAUUGAGGGAGGCAAAGAUUCUUGCCAGGGAGAUUCUGGUGGCCCAGUCGUGUGCAACAAUCAACUUCAGGGUAUCGUGUCCUGGGGAUACGGCUGCGCUCAAAAGAACAACCCUGGUGUCUACACCAAGGUCUGCAACUACAAUACCUGGAUCAGGAACACCAUGAGCAGCAAUUAGUUCCUUCAGAUGUCACACUUUGUGGCGCUCACUACAACACCACCAAAUAUAUGUGAAUAAAUAAACUAAAUUACCUUUUUCUCUGCAAAUGAAA